CCCGUAUGAUUCAGGAAGGUUGCAAAUGUACUAAUUAAUAUUAAUGAGCGAACCUUAGCUGUAGUAGGUCGCGUUCGGACGCAGUUCAGGAUGGGUUUGAUUCAAAGCGUGUUUGCUGCAGAGGGUGGAUAUCAUGUGCAUGGGAUUCAGGAACAUUCUCCAGCGGAGAGAGCCGGCCUGGAGCCCUUCUUUGAUUUUAUUCUGUCCAUCGGACACACCAGACUGAAUAAAGAGAGCGGCCUGCUGAAGGACCUCCUGAAGGCGAACGUGGAGAAGCCGGUGAAGCUGGAGGUGUACAGCAGUAAGGUGAUGAGGGUCAGAGAGCUGGAGGUGGUCCCCAGUAACAUGUGGGGUGGUCAGGGCUUAUUAGGGGCCAGCGUUCGCUUCUGCUCUUUCCAAGGAGCCAAUCACAACGUCUGGCAUGUGCUGGACGUGGAGGUGAAUUCUCCGGCUCAGCUGGCCGGACUCAAGCCGUAUUCUGACUACAUCGUGGGCGCAGACCAGGUGCUGCAGGAGUCGGAGGAUUUCUUCUCGCUGAUCGAGGCGUCGGAGGGCAAAGCGCUGAAGCUGCUGGUGUAUAACACACAGAGCGACCGCUGCAGGGAAGUGCUCAUCACUCCGAACGGAGCCUGGGGCGGAGAGGGAAGUCUGGGUUGUGGCGUAGGGUUCGGGUACCUGCAUCGUAUUCCCAUGCGUUCGCUCGCGUCCCAUCAGCACCAGAACUCAUCUGCAGCAUCUGAAGCCCAAGAGGACCGACGCUGCUCUGAGUUAUUAUUAGAUAACUCCUCAAGCGAGACGGACCGUGACGUGACGCUCAUUCAGGACACGACUGAAGCUUCAGCACCGAGUGAGAAAUCGCCUGCAGAUGAUGAUGAUGAUGGAGGCGUCUGCAGCAGUGAAAACGUGUCUGCUUUAAGUCGGUCUGAAGACGGCGUGGUCCAGAAGGACGAUUCGGGGAUCUACGACAUUCAAACACCGCCUGUGAUCUUAAAUAUGGAACCCGAGGAUGACGAGGUCGCAACAUUUACACCGAAGACCGUCUCUUAAGUGUACCUCGUGCCUCAGAGCGUGUUCUCAGGGCAGAACUAACAGCUGCUGGAUCGCGUUUAAAAGCACGUCACUAAAGCUAUUAUAAAACACUUACAUGCAGGAUCACACAGAAAAGAUGCUUUAUUUUAAGUGAUACACACACACACACUCAUGCUUUAAAGAAUAUUAGGAAACUAUAUCUUCAUCCGUGCAUCUCACAGUAAAUGUCUACAGUAUACUUCACCCCAAAACCAAAGAAAAAAUAUGUUUAAAACACAGUUUUUGCAUUGUGGCAUUAUUUUCAUCGCAGUCUAAGCACAUCUCCAUAGAAAAGCUAUUUAUUUCAGGUUAUUUUAUUAUUUUCAGCAGUGAUUUUAAUAACUGUAAUACAGUAAUAUCUCAGGAAAGCGGCUGGAACUCGUUGUCAUGAAUGUUUUGGACACUGGUCCAUUAAGCUGUCGACUGAAUGUUUCUGAAUGCAGUUUAUGUUACAA